CAGCUGAAAGUUGUUGCGGGUGUUAAAUAUAGGCGCCGUUUUUCAUCCAGCCAUUUGCUGUAUAUUUUGCUUGAUGAAUAGCUGGAGGCAACUUUAGUCGUGCUCAGGAUUGCAUGAUAAGGUGUGGCGUGAUUUCAUCUCAAAUGUAUAUUUAGUACACAUACGUAAUAACAAUCAUAAUACCUAACCUUGGAUGCACAUGGAUGUGAUCACAGAAAACAAUGCCAGGAUAAUCAUUGGCCUCUUAUGUACACAGUUUUCAUAUAUACAUGUAUACAUACACACACACACACACACAUACAUAUUACGGAGAAAUACGGAUUUAAGUAACACCAUCCCUGUCCCUCGUACUCCAGAUUUACUUCCUGGUAGAGGACCUUGACAUGGCUGACUGAGUGACAAGACAAUGGCUACGUGUAUGAGCUGGUGGUAGUAUAUUCCAGUGCUGUGCUUCACCUUUCAGUCGGUUAACACAGGUGAGGUGCCCACAACAUACACCAGUAAAGCUUGCUAUGGUACUUCGGGCCUAUCCUGUACUCGGCACUACAUCAGCUGCAGAAAUACCCAGAGUAUCGCUAUCUCUGACGCCUACUAUACCACCAAUACAGAAUGUAGCGCCUCAGGACUCUCAAGCUGCAACGUCAACCCGGAUGGUGUGAAAGAAGACGGAUAUCUCAGGUUCACCGUCGAGCUGGUCCCCAUCUACAGCCGAUGCUCUAUGCAGACAGAGUGUGUGUAUCCUGCUCCCAGGCGAGUGCUGGGUCGCACAUUCUCUGUUGUGAAAUAUCGGUGUAUUAAACGUAAUAAAUCAGUACGCAUAGAUGGUGGCAUGGCAAACGGCAUAUCCCAAGUUUCUGUCAUUUCUGGCGACAAACGGUUACCAUCGAAUUCUUCUACGUUAAAAUCCUCCAGAUAUAUGUGCUGGCUACAGCCCAACAGGACGGAUGUAGAUAUAACGGUAUACACACUUGAUGCACGUUUGAGGAGUGGUAUCCAGCCAGACUGCUUAUCACAGCCAACUGUCCAAAUUGGGAAUAUAAUCACAGUGACUACAUGCAAUAACCUGUUUCUACCGUUUGAGAAACUGAAAAUAUCACAGAAUCUCCCCAAAUCGAUAACCUUCUUGGAUAAACCCAAACAGAAAACCUUACUAUGGCUUUUGAUAACAGCAACAAACCCUUUCAGCAUCAAGUGUGAACAUGUUCAAGUGCAAACUAAAGGUACCAGUGGAGUAACAACGAUGGCAAGUUACAACAUCACUUCAAAGUGGACUACAGAAGAAAGGCUACAAACAACAGAAGGUAAUGAGCCAUUGAUGGAAAUCCGCAGAACAAAAAUUCUUGACGAGAUAGCUGGAAUUUGCCGGAUGGAACCCGAGCUAAUAUCGGUGCAGUUAUGGGCGGAGUUGCUGCAACCGUCCUUGCAGUGUCAGUAACAGCAUUCUUCAUAGUGAGGCUCAUCCGAAAAAGAGUUUGUGCAAGAAACCGAGAAGGAAACACACUCUCUUCCUGACUUAAAAAGUGAUAAUACAUAUUGUUUGGCCAGGAACAUCCCACAGAUUGUCAAACAUGUUGCAGGGGAUCUGAAGGCAUAGGACAGCUCAAGUGAUUAUGAUUAUGCUACUGCCGAUGGCACGUCGCUUCAACCAGACACUUAUGCCACCUAUGACCCGGACGCCUUUGUUGCUGAAUCCGAUUAUAAUCUCAUUGAUGACAAACCUCUUCCCAUGACCACAUGACCACUGACCACACAACGUCCUCGGCUACCCAAGCCACCCACACAGGAAGGCAUAUUAGGGAAGAUGAGUAUGGAUACAAUCUUUUACAAAAGACGAACAGCAAGACACUCCAGAAUGAUUACGACACUACUGCUUCUGUAGCGAAGGCAGUUGCACAGCUGAGCGGAAU